AGCCAAGCCAUUUCUAAAUGUGACUUAAUCAUAUUAGGUGGUAUUGCAUGAUAAACAUGAAUAUGAAUUACUGCAUGUCACACAUGUGGAAUGACAUUUAACACAAGUAGCAUUCAAUUCAAAGUAUCCAUCAUCACAAAUACAUAAAUAAUUCGAGUAAUGUCUGUUAAGCCCAGGUAAACAAGUUUUGCAUUUUGUUCCAUUAGUAUUCGUAUGACAUUAUUCACAGGGACUUGUACAAGGCUUGCAAUCUUGAUCAUUUGUCAUGUUAUCAUAAUAGUUAUCCUGACAUAUACAGGUGUUGCCAACAGCUGUGCGAUGUUUGAGAGGAUCACAAAGGUGGCAUUCAGAUGGCAAAUUAUAGCAUUUUUGACAAGUGUAAUUACAUGGACUACAAAUGAGAUUGGUGCCAACUUAAUAAUAUCCAUCUUAACAGAUGCAAACUUGUAGAUCAACAAUUCUGAAUGUUCCAGGAGGACAAGUUGUACAUUCAGCACCUGUUCCAUUAUCAGCACAAUCAUAACAAGGAGGAGAACACUAAGUACAAGCUAGAACUCCAGUUGUUUCAUAGUACCCAUCUAGGCAAUUGCAUUUAUUGUUGA